GUGUGCUGGGAACAGGUAUCAUGGGUUUGUUCCUGGUUCAUGCAAUCUUCGGCCUUCCGCUUGCUUUGAGCUACUGAUUACUUUCAGAAUAUCAAUUCAUCGUCGAAAUCAGUUCCAAACAUCAUUGGCCUUAAACCUUGUUUGAAUUCACUCUUCCAUUUCCUUGGUCACCAAUUUUGAAUUUUCCAUGUGUUAGGUGGAUUUUGUUAGUGAAUAGUGUAAAGGGUGUGGUUUGUCUUGAAAAAUAAAAAAAACUUCGUCCUCAUGUAAAUCUAGUACAUCAUAAAUAAUCAUGACUCAGUUUUGAUGGGAUCAAACCCGUUAAACUGGGUGGACAUUGGUGGUGCGGUGAUACGUGCCCUCUCGGAGCGACCACUCCCGAACGUGACCACCUCAUGAUGCGCAUUUCCACCCCCAAUUCCUCCCUCUCUCUCCUCUUUCUCUCUCUUAAUCUCCUUCUCCAUCUCUUUGCUUCCUGCUCUGCAAUCCCUCCCCCACUCCCAUUGCUGCCAAUUCCCUCUGCUUCCCAGCUCUCAUGGCAGCUCGGAGAAUCCACCAUGUUCCUUCACUUCGGACCCAACACUUUCACCGAUUCCGAAUGGGGCACUGGCCACUGCGACCCAUCUAUCUUCAACCCUGUUGCCUUGGAUCCAAAGCAAUGGGCUCGAGUCGCUAAGGACGCUGGUUUCUCCAGGCUCAUUAUCACCGCUAAACAUCACGACGGGUUUUGCCUUUGGCCUUCUUCUCUCACUGAUUAUUCGGUGAGGUCAAGUAAGUGGCGUAAUGGUACCGGGGAUGUAGUCAGUGAGGUCGCAGAGGCUGCUAAAGAGAUGGGUCUUGGGCUCGGGCUUUAUCUCUCUCCGUGGGAUCGCCAUGAGUCCAGUUAUGGCCGGACGUUGGAGUAUAAUGAGUUCUUUUUGGGGCAGAUGACUGAGUUGCUUUCUAAUUAUGGGGAGAUUAAGGAGGUAUGGUUGGAUGGUGCCAAGGGUGAGGGAGAGAAGGAUAUGGAGUAUAAAUUUGAAGAAUGGUUUCAUGUGAUUCACCAGCUUCAGCCUGGGGCUGUCAUCUUCUCUGAUGCUGGUCCAGAUUGCAGGUGGGUUGGUGAUGAGGGUGGAGUUGCAGGUUCUACCUGUUGGUCCCUGUUCAAUGCCUCCUCUGACACUAUUGGUCAUACAGAUUACGAGUAUUCUAGUGGAGGUGACCCACAUGGGCAUGACUGGGUUCCCCCUGAGUGUGAUGUAUCAAUCAGGCCUGGUUGGUUCUGGCACAGCUCUGAGCACCCCAAAUCAGCCCUAGAGCUACUUGAUAUAUACUAUAAAUCCGUGGGCCGGAACUGUCUUUUAUUACUCAAUGUUCCGCCAAAUUCGUCAGGUCUCAUAUCUGAUGAAGAUGUUCAAGUUCUCCACGACUUCAUGAAGUUAAGGCAUGAAACAUUCUCACUAAAUUUAGCCGAGACUGCCACUAUAACGGCUAGUAGCACACGUGGAGGACUUAAUGACCCUAAAUUUGGCCCUUCUCAGGUAAUCAAAGAGGGAAUUUACAGUUAUUGGGCACCUGAGGAAGGGGCUAAGGAUGGGUGGGCCUUAUACUUUGAUUUUGGAAGGCCAUUAUCAUUCAAUGUGCUGCAACUUCAAGAGGCAAUACAUAUGGGGCAAAGGGUUAUCAAAUACCAUCUUGAUGUGCAGAAGGAUGGAGAAUGGGAAACAAUUGUCAAUGGAACGACUGUGGGGUAUAAAAGGCUGCAACGUUUCCAAGCAGUGGAGUCUCAGGUAUUGAGACUCAGCAUAAAGAAGUCCCGAGCAGACCCAUUGAUUUCAUUUCUUGGCAUUUACUUGGAACCACCUCCUGCUAUUGGGUUAGAAUUGUUGAACUUUAAUAGUAAUCAUCAAGCCAGACAUGUCAGAUUACGUGACUGGUUUUGGAAUGCUAGUAAAGCCUCUUUUUAGCAGUUCGGAUGUGCUUUCUAGAUGUGCUUUCUAUUUGUUGUACACCAUUGUUAGAUGCAGUGAAUUUCUCAUCUUGUGUUUUGGUACA